AAAAUCCUAAUUUAACAAUAGAAGCUCGUCCUUUAUGUACUUUAUUAUAUAGAAUUGCAGAGCAAGGUAGGAAUGAACCAAAAGUAUUUGAAGAACUAGAAAAACACUUAUAUAAAUAUAAAGAAAAUAUUUCAUACAGAUGCGCUUUUGGUGGCUUAUAUGCAAGUUAUAAAUCUAAUUAUGCAAGUCCAUAUAUGAUUUAAUUUUUUGAAGAUGAAUUUAUAAGGACUAAAGAAGAAGCGAGUAAAAAAAAUAUAAAAAAAUAAUAAAAAUAUGUUUUAAAAAGAUGCUUUUGAGGCUGUUUAAUUACUUAAAGCUUUUAGUUUUAAUAAUACUAAAUCUCAUAAUUACAAAGAAUAAUUUUUCCUUUAAUAUUUAAAACCUAUAAUCGUAAAUAAUUUUAAAUAAGUGAAGAAUUUUAACUUUAAUUUAUUCGAUUUAUUUACAGGUAAUAAAAUUAUUUCUUUUAAAUAUAAUUAAAAAAAACAGGUUUAUUCGAUAAUAAAAUAUUUGACGAAGAAAUAUGGGAAUAAGUUUUAAAAGUAAUUCCUUAUAGGAAAGGACAAACUUAAUUAGAAAGAGUAACAACUGUAUACGAGAUUUUAUAAAAUAUAUAAGAAAACAAAUUAUUAAAGUAAGAUGUAUCUAAAUAUUUAGGUUUUGUUAGAUAUAAACUAAAAAACAAACCAGAUUUUAAAUGGAUUUAUAAUUUAAAAGAAUAAAGAAUCUAUACUUAUGAUGAAAUGAUAGAAAAAAGAGAACAUUACCAGUAUAAAAAUUAAGCUUAACAUAAAUAUAGAAAGAGCAAUAAAGAAUAUGUUGAAAGAUAUGAACUUUCAAAAUCAGAUAAAAAAAAAUUUCUUGCUGAAGAAGCAGAUUAAGAAAAAUAAGUUCAAUUAGAAACACUUGUUUACGAAAUGUUUGAAAAAAAAAAUCAAGGAGAACUUAAAGAUGAUGAUGAUUUCAAAACAAUAACAGGAAAAUAUGAUGACAUUAUUAAAGAAUUAUAACAGUUAG